GGGUCUGCCGGCGGGGCCGGGGCGCGGGGGCCCUCCGGGAAUGGCUGCCUGCGAGCCCUGGGAGGUGCGGGAGCGGCUCGGCACCGGCGGAUUCGGCAACGUCUCCCUCUACCAGCACCGGGAUUUAGGUACAAAGUUAGCAAUCAAGUCUUGUCGUCUGGAACUAAGUGUGAAAAACAAAGAUCGGUGGUGCCAUGAAAUCCAGAUCAUGAAGAAACUGAACCACCCCAAUAUUGUCAAAGCGUGUGAUGUGCCUGAAGAAAUGAAUUUCCUUGUUAAUGAUGUUCCACUGUUGGCAAUGGAAUAUUGCUCCAAGGGAGAUCUCAGGAAGCUGUUGAACUUGCCUGAAAAUUGCUGCGGUCUUAAAGAAAGCCAAAUACUUAACCUUCUUAGUGAUAUUGGAUCUGGUAUCCAGUACUUGCAUGAAAACAGAAUAAUACAUAGAGACCUUAAACCAGAAAAUAUAGUGCUUCAGGAUGAAGGUGGGAAGAUAGUUCACAAAAUAAUAGACCUGGGAUAUGCCAAGGACCUGGAUCAAGGAAGCCUAUGUACAUCUUUUGUUGGAACCUUGCAGUAUUUGGCACCAGAACUCUUUGAUAAUAAACCUUAUACAGCUUCUGUAGACUUCUGGAGCUUUGGCACUGUGGUCUUCGAGUGCAUUACAGGAUUUAGACCAUUUUUACAUAAUCAGCAGCCUUUUACCUGGCAUGACAAAAUCAAGAAGAAAGAUCCAAAAUGCAUCUUUGCAUGGGAAGAAAUGACCGGGGAAGUUAAAUUUAGUGCUCAUUUGCCAAAUCCCAACAGCCUGUGCAGUAUAAUUGUAGAACUAAUGGAGAAUUGGCUGCAGCUGAUGCUAAACUGGGAUCCACAACAGAGAGGGGGUGGUAGAGACCCAGAAACUGGAAACUUCAGGUGUUUCCAACUAAUGGAUCAUCUGUUGAGCCUAAAGAUAGUUCACAUCUUAAAUAUGACUUCUGCCAAGAUUUUGUCUUUUUCAUUACACCCUGAGGAAAGUCUUCAUUCGCUCCAGUCUCGUAUUGAAUCUGAGACUGGAAUAAACACAGGCAACCAAGACCUUCUCCUUGAAAUGGGAAUUUGUCUGGAUCCUCGGAAGCCAGCUUCUCAGUGUGUUAUUGAUGGCAUACGAGGCUGGGACAGCUACAUGGUUUAUCUGUUUGAUAAAAGCAAAACCAUAUAUGAAGGUCCUUUUGCUUCUAGGAGUCUUUCUGACUGCGUAAAUUACAUUGUACAGGAUAGCAAAAUUCAGUUGCCCAUAUUGCAGCUCCGUAAGAUAUGGGCUGAAGCUGUGUAUUAUGUUAUUGGGCUUAAAGAGGACUACAGCCGGUUGUUUCAAGGGCAGCGAGCUGCUAUGCUAAGUCUUCUUCGGUACAAUGCCAAUUUAACAAAAAUGAAAAACAACAUGGUAUCAGCAUCACAGCAACUUAGAGCAAAAUUGAAGUUUUUUCAGCAGAGCAUACACCUUGACCUGGAAAGGUAUAGUGAUCAGAUGACAUAUGGAAUAUCCUCAGAAAAAAUGCUGAAAGCCUGGAAAGAGAUGGAGGAAAAGGCCUUACUGUGUGAACAGGCUGGAGAUAUUGGUUAUYUAGAUGAACAAAUUAUGGCUUUGCACACCGAGAUUGUAGAGUUGCAGAGGAGUCCACAUGCACGGCGUCAAGGUGAUCUCAUGGAAAAUCUAGAACAAAGAGCUAUAGAACUCUACAAACAAUUAAAAAGAAGGCCCCCAGAUCAUUCUUACAGUGACAGCACAGAGAUGGUGAAGAUCAUUGUCCAGACAGUUCAGAGUCAGGACUGGGUGCUCAAGGAACUCUUCAGACACCUUAGCAAGUUAUUGGAUUGUAAACAGAAGAUCAUUGAUUUGCUUCCAAAGAUUGAAGUUGCCCUAAAUAACAUCAAGGAGGCUGACAACUCAGUGAUGCAGAUGCAAGGAAAAAGGCAAAAAGAAAUCUGGCAUUUGCUGAAAAUCGCUUGUACACAGAGUUCUGCUAAAUCUCCUGUUAGUUCCAAUGGAGAAGUUACAUCUUCAGUGCCAGCCUGUCUGUCACAGACCCCAUCAGGAAGUGUUCUUCAACCUCUUUCUUCUAUGGGAACCUCUAGAAAUCUGGUACCUUUUGCACAUUUAAUAGAAGAAAAUCUAAGCUACCUUCACAGCUUUAGCACUGUUAUACAAGAAGCAACACAUGGCCAGAGUAGCAGCUUGAAGAGUCUUGAUUGGAGCUGGCUAAAUUAGUUGCAUAUGCAAACAGUACAUCAAAAUGCACCUGAGUUCCAUGUGUGCAUUUGAUCCAUUCUGAAUUGACCAUCUGCUACUGUCUGAGCAUCUUACAGUUUGGACUGCAAUAUGUAUAAAGAAAGUACAGCUACUAAAAUUAUUCUUCUACAUUUCACUAAAUCCAGUCUCCUAAAAUCAAGAGUUUUGCACCCGCUUUAAGAUUACUCAAAUUGUAUUCCACUUUGCAAGGUCCUGAUUGCUAUAUUUUGUUCAGCCAAAAUACACUAUUUGCUCUCUAACUAAACAGGAACAUUCACAAGACCUGUCUUGGAAAAUGACUGGCCUUGCUCCUUACACUAAGAAAUGUGCCAUCCCUGUCAUAGGGCAUACAAUGGAAUAUAAUGAAAUCUACCAAAAAUAAGUUAUGCAUUAUAACAAGCAAAAAAAUUCCUUCAAAGAAAAUGGAAAGGACAAUCACUUUCCUAAAUACUUUAUUGUAGAUUUCACGAACACACUCACAUUUUUUUCUCUACUCUUCAGGUAAUGAUUGGUAAUCACUUGCCUUUGAACAUAAUGGGGAUAUUUUGUUAUAUGUUAUCUAGUUUUUAAAUGUGUUGAUUUUUAUACAUGAUAAUGUCUGACUUUACCCAAAACAGGGUGAGUAAUAAUUGUAUAUAUAAGAAAUACUUUAAUAAAAUAAAAAUAAUGA